AUAUGAUAAUUAUAUGUAUUAAUACACUUUGAGCAUGUUAAUGCAUCCAUAAGAUACUUGCCUCGAUCGGAGUCCAGACAGUUUCAACCACCUGUCAAACAACAAGUUAAGUAUCUUGUUUAGUGUAUGUUUUAUAUGUUUUAAAGUUAUACACAGGUAUUUGGAGUAGCUAGUAUCUACAUUUCAGAGGUGUUCUCAGAGUAUUUGUACAAUUUAACAAAAGGAUCGGAGUUUGUAGUAUUUGUGAGUUAAUGUGUUAUGUUACUUAUACAGGAGCUAUCAAUGUUAUCACAAUGACAAGAAAUUCUAUUCUUAUUACAUUUGUUAUCCUAGUUGCCAUUUCACCAUCUUGUUCGGGGGAUCCAGUUCAUAUCGACGAUCCGUCCGUCACAGACGCCGAUAGGACAUGGAUUAACAACUGGAACAAAGAAAAUGCAAGUUCCAAACCAAGUAUAACUCGCUAUGAUAGAGGGCACAUCAACAUCAGAGCACCGAAUGGUUUUACCGUUGAGUUUGUCAGACAGACGUCAGAAUGUUGGAAGUGUCCUCUUUUACCUGGUCUGACAGUAGGAGCAGGCCAGGUAGGAAGCUACUUAGUAGACACGAUGUGGGAAUCAGAGCUCUACCAACUCAGAAGAUAUGUUAACAGUUCGUACAGUGAAUUGAUUUGCAGCAAUAACGAGCGAUUGGCUGAAAAUGGGGACUACUGGCUACUUGUAAGUGAAGAUAUGGACGCUGCAUCAUGUCGUAUGAUCAUAUCCAACAGGCCUCCAAAUGCAUAUAUGCCCAUAUUUUAUGCGUUCCUUGUCUAUCUUGGUCUGGCGUUCAUCUACGUCCUCUACAAGAUUCUGAAAAGAAAAGACAAGUUACCUUCAUGGAAGACUAAAGGUGCUGAUAUCACAGAGCCAUCCAAAACAGAAAGCACAACAACCCUGGAAAUGCACGGAUCUACGAGUGGCGUACAUGGGUUGUCCGAUGGUGAAACCAAAGUCGAGCCAACAAAAAAGAAAAGUCAGCGCCUUGUGUCCCUCGAUGCAUUCCGUGGGUUGUGUUUGACGGUUAUGAUAUUUGUGAACUAUGGCGGUGGAGGGUAUGAUGUCUUCAUUCAUCCACCCUGGAAUGGUCUUACAGUUCCCGAUCUUGUCUUCCCCUGGUUUAUCUUUAUGAUGGGUACAGCGAUGGCAUAUUCGUUUAGAGGUCUUCUGAAAAGGGAAACUCCAAAAUGGAAAAUUGCAUUAAAGAUUUUAAAGCGCUCCAUCAUCCUGAUGUUCCUGGGACUUGUACUUAAUAGUGUUUGGGGACCGAUUAAAUGGCAAACAUUACGUAUCCCUGGUGUUUUACAAAGGUUUUCAUGGGUGUAUCUCAUCGUAGCCUUUGUUCACAUGUUCUUCGCCAGGUUAGAUGAUCCCAAAAAGGAUUCAAAACGAGGACAUGUUCGUGAUCUGAUAUACUAUUGGCCGGAAUGGGUCAUCCACUUUUGCCUUCUGGGCAUAUUCAUUGGUAUUACACAUGGUCUGCCAGUACCAGGAUGCCCUACCGGCUAUUUAGGACCAGGUGGGCUUCACGAGAACAAAAAAUUUGAGAACUGCACAGGUGGCGCUGCUGGGUACAUAGAUUACAAAGUAUUCGGGCAUAACCACUUGUGGAUAAACACCCCAAUACGGAACCUCUAUAAGACGAACAUACCAUAUGACCCAGAGGGUCUUCUCGGAACACUAUCUGCAUGUUUCACGUGUUUCCUGGGUCUUCAGGCUGGGCUUAUCUUUGUCACGUAUAAAGGACACAAGAACAGAUUAAUACGAUUGGCAUUCUGGUGUAUCUUCUGGGGAAUACCAGCAGCUAUUCUGACAAAAUUUAGCAAGAAUGAUGGCUUCAUUUCUGUUAAUAAGCCAUUAUGGUCUAUCUCGUUUGCGUUUGGACUCUCUAGUAUGGCUUAUUUCUUGCUGAUCGUUAUGUAUAUUGGCAUUGAUAUCCUGAAAAUAUGGGGCGGACAACCCUUCAUCUAUCCAGGAAUGAACUCUAUUGUGAUAUACUGUUGCCAUAGUAUAUUCACGAACAUGCUUCCCGUCAACUGGGUGACUGAUAUGGUCCAUUGGCAGCAGCUUUUGCGGGCAUUAUGGGGGACCACGUGGUGGGUGAUUGUUGCAUACGUUUUAUUUCUCAAGAAGAUAUUUGUGGCGAUUUAGAACCAAUAGUAGACAUGCGACAACGUUGAUGGUUUUAUACUAAUUGGUGCAGAAAUGAUACAAAGCCAACGUUGAUGCUAUACAGUCAGUUAAUAAUUAAUGGUGAAAAAUGAAACAAAGACAACGUUGAUGAUGACUAUUUUAUAAUAAAUGGUGCA